AUGAACUUCCCGACGCGUGUCGGCAGCGGAGUGCACAAGAAGUGGGAGGAGGCAAAAACAACCUCCGGCAGUCCGUCUCUUCCUGCCGCAGACGGUGGCGCACUUGGCAAGCCAGGCGUUUGCCCGUUAACAAUCCCCGCGAGGGAGCCAGCCGGAAAGGGUGCGUCGCGGGGAGAAAAGGGAACCGACGCGGGAGGGCAACCACCAGGACCACCUGCGGCCCCGCCAGCAGGCACGGCGGAGAGCGGGACACGUGGAUCCGGAGAGACGGGCACUUCCCCAACCCCUCAACGCCCUUCCGGCACGCCCAACUCCGCCACCCCUCCCACCGGCGGCAGCGAAGGAAGCACAACGACGACCACCAGCAGUCCGAGUGCUGCGAAACACACAAAAAGCAACACAGACAGCAGUGAAAUCGUGACGGUGCGGGCGCGUGCCCCACUGCUGCUGCUGUCGCUGCUGCUCACGGCUGCCCUUGCCUGCGCUGCUGGACAGUGGUAG